CUACAUAUCUUUAAUAUGUACUCCAUUUUUUUUUACUACUAAUUCAUUUUCUUUUCUCCUCCUUUGUUCUUCUUCUUGCUUAUCUCUCUCUGGUUCGUUGAACUACAUUUAAUGGCACUUCUGAGUCCGUGUUAAGGAAAGAGAGAGAUAGUUAGUAUGUGAAUGUGUGUUCUUGUGUGUGUAUUAGUGUGUGUGAUUGGAAUAGAAGGUGAAAGUGGGUAAUACAACCAAUAUACAUGUAACUGGGGGGUCUGACCCACUUCUUAUUUUUGUGAUCUGCUUCUGCUUCUUCUUCUGGGUUUGAAAAGUUUAUCAGAAAACUUUCCCAUGUGAAUGUGAACAGAGACAGAGAGAGAGACAUUCAUUCAUUCAUUCACCUGGGCUUGGCUGACUUUCUUUCAGUUAUUGCAGAUCUUCAAGGAGUUACAAAGCCUUGUUCAGUUUACAGCUCUUUAGAAAGUCAGAUUCACAUGUCAAGUGGGAGAUAGUAAAUUGGAAAAGAGGCAUAUCCAGAGGCUAGAGAAUAGUAUUGGUUAUUUGUCACUUAAGUUCUUGCCUCUACAUUGGGAACUAGAUGUCGUUCCGCAGUAUAGUUAGUGAUGUAAGAGAUAGUUUUGGGAGCCUAUCGAGACGGAGUUUUAAUGUAAGAUUACCUGGCCAUCAUCGGGGGAAGUCUCAUGGUUCAUUUCAUGAUUCAAAUGAACAGCCUUUGGUAAUUCAAAACAGCCGUUGGGCUAAUCUUCCACCGGAGCUACUCUUUGAUGUAAUUAGAAGGCUAGAGGAGAGUGAGACUACGUGGCCAGGGCGUAAGCAUGUCGUGGCUUGUGCUGCCGUAUGCAGGUCAUGGAGGAGUAUGUGUAAAGAAAUUGUAAAAAGUCCAGAAUUUUGUGGGAAGCUCACUUUUCCAGUUUCUCUUAAGCAGCCAGGGCCUCGUGAUGGAACUAUCCAGUGCUUCAUCAAAAGGGAUAAAUCUAAUCUAACAUACCAUCUUUUCUUGUGUCUUAGUCCUGCUUUGCUAGUUGAAAAUGGUAAGUUUCUUCUCUCCGCAAAACGUACUCGGCGAACUACCUGCACGGAGUAUGUUAUCUCAAUGGAUGCAGAUAACAUUUCGAGAUCAAGCAGCACAUACAUUGGAAAGCUAAGAUCAAAUUUUCUUGGCACGAAAUUCAUAAUAUACGACACGCAACCUCCGUAUACCUGUACAAAUGUCCCUCCACCUGGGAGAACAAGCCGCAGAUUCUAUUCCAAGAAGGUCUCUCCAAAAGUGCCAACUGGAAGUUAUAACAUAGCUCAGAUCACAUAUGAGCUAAAUGUGCUGGGAACACGGGGUCCACGGAGAAUGCAUUGUGUAAUGCAAUCAAUUCCAGCCUCGGCACUUGACGCUGGCGGAACGGUACCGGGCCAACCUGAGCUCCUUCCAAGGUGUCUGGAAGACUCGUUCCGGAGUAUUUCUUUCUCAAAAUCUCUGGAUCAUUCUACGGAGUUCAGCAGCUCAAGAUUUUCUGAUAUUGGUGUGCCGGGAAAUGAAGAUGAGGAGGGUAAGGUCAAACCUUUAAUCCUCAAGAACAAGGCACCUAGAUGGCACGAACAAUUACAGUGCUGGUGCCUAAAUUUUCGAGGCCGGGUAACGGUGGCAUCUGUCAAAAAUUUUCAGUUGAUCGCUGCCACCCAACCAGCUGCAAGUGCUUCAACCACCUCCCAACCAACUCAAACUGACCAUGACAAAAUCAUCUUGCAGUUUGGCAAGGUGGGCAAAGAUAUGUUUACCAUGGAUUACCGCUAUCCUUUGUCUGCAUUUCAGGCUUUUGCAAUCUGUUUGAGUAGCUUUGACACGAAAUUGGCUUGUGAAUAGGUUAAAAGAUUAGGGUGUUAUAACAUAUAUAUGCGGCCAAAGACAGCAUGGUCGCAACGCCUUUAUGUUCGCUCCAUUGUAUCGUAACUUUCUCAUCAUCAUCAUUAGAAUUCAAGAUUUGUUGUUAAAUCUGUUCUGUGACUUGAUUAAAAUCUCUCAAGACACUCGUCAAGAUACCUCUAGGCACUCGGACCAUUGUAAAAACAACUCUCUGCGCCCUCUGCAUCUUCACUUUCUAGUUUUAACAUCAUAAUGCCCUUGGCUUCAGUA